AGAGAGAGAGAGAGAGAGAGAGAGAGAGGAAGUAUGGCUGAUCUUGCUGUAGGCGUUAUUGAUUUCGAAACUAAACACGAACAAUAAACCGUUUAUACGUUUUUACAUGUUAUAAGUUACACGGAAAUUAGACACUUUUUAGUCGCCUUUGUUUGGGAUUUGGUCUAAAUUUUCCACCCACUAUCAUAUUCGUAGCUCAAAGCGGAGAAGUUGCAUACAGUUUCAAAUUGACCUAGGCACAGCGGAAGUGAGCUCAGAAAAAAAGGCGACAGGAAUACAAGACAUUAAUUUAUUGAACUGUAAGCUCGCUGUUAUUUGGCCUUUGCUAGAGGACUGUUGUUUGGACUCCAGCAUGAGUGAGGAGAAACCUGAGGUUGAGCUCUUUGUGAAGGCAGGAAGUGAUGGUCAGAGUAUUGGGAACUGUCCAUUCUCUCAGCGGCUCUUCAUGGUCUUGUGGCUGAAAGGCGUGACCUUUAAUGUGACUACCGUUGACAUGAAGAGGAAGCCAGACAUUCUUAAAGAUCUGGCCCCUGGUGCUCAGCCCCCUUUCCUGUUGUACGGCACAGAGGUGAAGACGGACACCAACAAGAUAGAAGAGUUUCUGGAGGAAACCCUCUGCCCUCCUAAAUACCCACAGCUGGCAGCUCGCAAUCCUGAAUCUAACACCGCAGGUCUUGAUGUGUUCUCAAAGUUUUCAGCCUACAUUAAGAAUUCAAACCCUCAGAUGAACGACAAUCUGGAGAAGGGUUUACUGAAGGCCCUGAAGAAGUUGGAUGACUAUCUGAACUCUCCUCUACCGGAUGAGAUCGAUGAGAACAGUGCUGAUGAUGUCACUUCCUCCACCCGCCCCUUCCUGGAUGGUCAGGAGCUCACUCUGGCUGACUGCAACUUACUGCCCAAGCUACACAUCGUCAAAGUUGUGUGUCAGAAGUUUCGAGGUUUCUCCAUCCCUCGCUCUCUGACAUCUCUGUGGCGAUAUCUGGAUGCGGCGUAUGCCCGUGAGGAAUACUCCUCCACUUGCCCCAGCGAUGAGGAGAUACAUGUAGCCUACUCCUCUGUUGUGAAGGCGCUCAAAUAGAAGGAUACACACACAUACAGUCACACACUCAUAUGCGUUAUUACCAAUUCUCUUUCCAGAUUAUUUCAAGUGUUUCCUUUAUGUCUUAAGCUCCUAAGGUUGUUUGCACCAGCAGGGUUCUGAGGUCUCACUUUUAAAUUAAAUGUGGUCUUAUAGUUUAUAUUUUAUUCAAAAUCAUCUGAUCUGCAGAGGUCAAGGUCCUUUCAUUAGUGGUUAGCAAUAGCUGUUUCUUUUUCAGUAUUUUUCACAUUGUUUGGACAAGUGCUUUGCUGGCAGUUAAACAGGAUAUUGUUGCCUCAUUCCCCCAUUACCUCCCCCCUGCUCGCUGUCAUUAUCUAGAUUAUGUAAUACAAAGUGUUUAAUGGCACACCUGCAAGAUCACAGCUUUUCACUGACAGCUUCUUGAGUUGCAUUGCAUUUCAUAAACUGGUUUCCAAGUUGUCCAAACUGCUCUUUACUUCCCAUAGAUUGAUAUGUUACAAAAUCAUAGAAGUAUCCUAAAAGUAUUCCAACUAAUCAGUUCAUUAGUACAGACUGCAAGACUUGAAUUGGGUGUGUGAGGGAGACAGGACAGGUUUGAGGAGCACUGCACUAGAAAAUGCUUCCAUCCAAAUAUCAGUCAAUGUUCACAUUGAAGACACUGUGUUUAAUGUGUGUGAAGAUAAUGCAUGUUUUUUGCUUUCUGCAAAAGAGAAAACCAUUAACGACAGCAAGCAAAAAUUUUGUGGGCAUGUAUUUUUUAUAUAUAUUUCAAGGAAAUACAAAAGGAUUUUACACUAACUGGCCAUUUUAUUAGAUACACCUUGCUAGUACCAGGUUGGACCACAUUUUGCCUUGAAACUGCCUAAUUUUUCAAGGCAUAGAUUUAAAAAGGUGCUGGAAUAUUUUGGUCCAAAUUGACAUGAUGGCAUCACACAGUUGCUGCAGGUUUUCCAUCCGUGGUGCGAAUCUUCCGUUCUUUUGGAUUGAUAUCUGGUGACUGUGGAGGCCAUUUGAGUGUAGUGAACUCAUCGGCAUGUUCAAGAAACCAGUUUGAGAUGAUAUGAGCUUUGUGACUUGGCUCAUUAUCCUGCUAGAAGUAGCCGUCAGAAGAUGGGUAUGCUGUGGGCAUGAAGGGAUGGACAUUUUAACUAUAGUCAGUUGGGGUAUGGGGCCCAACGUGUGCCUCAGUAUAUUGUAGUCUCAGUUUCCUGUUCUUAGCUGACGAGAGUGGAACCUGGUGUGAUCUUCAGCCCAUCAAGGUUCAACGUGCUUUGCAUUCAGAGAUGCUCUUCUUCAUACCUCGGUUGCGACAUGUUUGAGUUACUGUUGCCUUUCUAUCAGCUCAGUUUCAUCACUGAAAUUACCUUUCUUCCCCAUUCUGAUGCUCAGUUUGAACUUCAGCAGAUCAUCUUACCAUGUCUACAUGCCUAAAUGCAUUGAGUUGCUACCAUGUGAUUGGUUGAUGUUUGCAUUAUAUAUUAUAUAGAUAUCUGCGUUAACAAGCAGUUGAGCACCUAAUAAAGUGGCCAGUAAGUAUAUAAAUGGGUGACUUUUUAAUGUUCAAUUCGAGUUUCAGUUUAAGUUUAGUCACAGGACUUGAUGAAAUUAUCUUUCAAGGGAAGAUGAAAUUAACAGGUUCAAUGCUGUUUCGUGCUUUAGUCUAGUCUGCCUUCAAGUUGAUGCAAUUUCCAAGAGAACCUUAAAUAUAUUUUAUAUAUAUGUAGUAUCUGUAUACCCAGCCCUCUUCCUGUGCACUUCUGUUUUCACUUCCUCUUAACCGCUUCAUGCUCAUUUCCAAACGUCUUACUCUGCACUCAAAUGGACUUAAAUGGACAACACAACAUCAAAUAUUGAUUAGUGAGGAUUUUAUUGAUUUAGAUUAAUUGUUACAAACAUAUGAAAGUAAUUUGUUUUUCUGCAUUUCUAAAAUUGUUACUCAAAAGAUUAUAAUAAAGAUUAAGUAAAACAAUGAA